AUGACCUCUGCUGCCUCGCUCGACUCGCCAACCUCGAUCGCCAACGAACACCUUCCCGUCGCUUCGUCGCGGCUCAGCCAGACUGCCUCGACUGGCCAGAACUCGCCGACGUCCACAGAUGACCAAGCCAACUCGCCUUCGAGCCCAAAGGCGAAGAAGCCGCUCGCUUUCUGGAUGGUGUUUGUCGCGCUCUGCUUCUCGCUGUUCUUGAGCGCUCUCGAUGUGACGUCCGUCUCCACCAUCCUGCCCGACAUGGCCCACGAUUUCAAGAGCGCCGAUUACUCAUGGAUUGGCUCGGCAUACGCGCUCACCUCGACCGCCCUCAUCCCAUGGACCGGCGGCCUCGCCAACAUCUUUGGACGCCGACCCGUUCUUGUCGCCGCUCUCUUGAUCUUCGCGCUUGGGAGCGCCUUGACCGGCGGUGCGCAGUCGAUGGCGAUGGCGAUUGCUGGUCGCUCCGUCCAAGGCAUCGGCGGAGGCGCGAUCUUGACCAUGUCCGAGAUCAUCGUCAUCGACCUCGUCCCUCUCGCCGAACGCGGAGCCUACAUGGGCAUCCUCGGCGCCGUCUGGGCUAUUGCGAGUGUCGCUGGACCUCCCAUCGGCGGAGGACUCGCGACCGCCGGAGCUUGGAGGUGGCUUUUCUACCUCAAUCUGCCCUUCACCGGCCUCGCGCUUGCGCUCGUCGUCGUCUUCCUGAACAUCAAGGCGCCGCAGACGACGCUCAAGGAGAAGCUCGAAAGAAUGGACUACGCAAACGUCGUCUUCGUUGCGGGCGCGACCGCGCUCAUCCUCGGCUUGACCUGGGGCGGUUCAGCCUACGCCUGGUCGUCUUACCACGUCCUCGUCCCACUCAUCCUCGGCAUCGUCGGACUUGGCGUCUUCCUUGCGCUCGAACGCUCCGUCGUCAAGUACCCAACCGUGCCCUUUGAGAUCCUCACGCACCCAACGGCGCUUGUCGGCUACGUUACCUGCUUCCUGCACAGCGUUGCCGUUCUUGCCGUCAUCUACUUCUACCCAACUUCGUACUUUCAGGCCGCCAAAACCGCGUCGCCAAUCCGCGCCGGCAUUGACCUCUUCCCACUCUGCUUCACGAUCGCACCCUUUGCCAUCCUCACCGGCGCGUCCGUCACGGUCCUCGGCAAGUACAAGGCGCAGAACGUCGUCGCCUGGUGCCUCAUCGUGAUCGGCUUCGGCUUGAUGACGCUCCUCAAGUGGGACUCGAAGACGGGCAUGUGGGCUGGAUUCCCCAUCCUUCUUGGCAUUGGUUUUGGCGCACUCUACGCGGGCCUCAACUUCCCUGUGCUCGCACCAAUCCCCGUCCAGCAGCAGCCGCUCGCCAUGGCCUUCUUCGGCUUCAUCCGCUCACUGGGUCAAGUCUUUGGCAUCACUGUUGGCUCGACAAUCCUCCAAAACCAGCUGGCGAAGAAGCUGCCGAGGGAGUUCGCAUCGCAGUUUGGCGGACGCGGAGAUGCGGCGUUUGCAGCUAUCCCGCUCAUCAAGGGUCUCCCCGAACCGAUCCGCACGUCCGUCAAAGCCGCCUUCGCCGACUCGACUCGCACAAUCUGGUGGUUCUGCCUCGGCAUCACGUGCGCCGGACUCGUCAUCUCGCUCUUCAUGAACGAUAUCGCGCUCGCGACUGAGACGGAUGAGGAGAACUGGGGAUUGAAGGAGCGGGAGAAGGAGGCGAAGGAGGGAAAGGCCGAGGAGGGAGAAAUGUUGCCCGCCUGA